AUGGACGUCAGCCUCGAAGAGCUCAGGUUCGUUUCCGGGAAGACCAAGACCAACAAGUGGGCGUGCGCGGCGAUCUCUGGGCCCUACAAACACAAGAGAGGCACCGCCCACGUCGACAUGGGUAGCGGGCCUGCGCCUAAAUUGUCCAUCUCCAUUGCAGGCAUGCAGCUGCCCAACGUAUGGACAAACUCCGGGCCCGUCCUAGGACUACUUUCACGGGUAGACUCUCCUGCGGCUACGGGUCCGCAGGAGAGGAACCAGUGCAUAUUCAUCAACUACUUUGCGGUAAAGAAGAGGCUGUUCUUUCCGCGCGUUGUGCGUGCUGCUGCUGGCCCGCACGAGCUUCCUCCCGGAGCUCCUGGGCCAGGAGAACAGGGACCGUCUGCCGUCCCUGCAAGACGGAAGAAUACGGGAGAUAGUGCUGGAAGGUCUCAGCAUCCCUCCGCUCCAGGAUCCCCUUCAUACGAUCCUGUCGGCCAAUUGCUUGAAUAUAUCCUUGAGCGAUCCGACGCGGACAUGGCUAUUGCCUCCGAUGUCGACCUCAUUGCGAUCUUUGGUACGUCUGUAAUUCCAGAAGACAUACUCACAGGGCUGGUCCACCGCCAGCCCUCAAUAGAAGUCGAUGAGCACGGCGUGGGAACUAUCUCAAUGGACCUCGACAUGGGUUCACCAGAGCAGCCAUUCGUGUCAAACACCGCCGCGUCGGUGGUUAUGGAAGAAAUUGUCUCCGAUCCUUGCCAUCCCCCUACACCUACAGAGCUGCAUACGAAUGCGGAGAGGAAUGCCUCGGCUUCCUCUCGUGCAUUGCGACUUCGGUACGGUGACUGGACAGAGGCGGAGGGUGAUCACAGGGUUGUUUCGACACUCCAUGCAUGGCAAAAGUUCUUGUGCGAGCCUGGACUUCCUAACAACCAUGCCGCAUCUGUCCUGCACAGGUUGAAUAGGUUUCCGGAUCGCCAUGCUUGCGCACGCCCCGCGUUUGAAAACCAGAUUGUGGACGGCGGAAGUGCCCGCGUGCUCGUCGAAUGA